AUGGCUGUAGCCUCUUAAAAUGUCUUCAAUAAUUAAUAUGCGAUUCAGAAGAAGAUCUCUUCAGGUUCAUUUGGAGUUGUAUAUCAAGGAAUUGAUUUAAGAACUUCAGAUCAAGUGGCAAUUAAAGUAGAAAAACAAGAAAUUGAUGAUUUAUUUAGUUUGGACAGAGAAGUAGAGUCAAAAAUAUUCUAUAUUUAGGUUUAAAUAUUAAGGAAUUUGCAUGGGACUCCACAAGUUCCCAAAUUGAAAUGGGCUGGAAAAGAAAAAGGAAAUAAUGUGAUGGUAAUCCAAUUAUUAGGAAGAGAUUUAACACACUAUCUAAGAUAAAGAAAGCGCUUUAGUUUGGCAUGCGUUUUGGGCAUUGCUGAUUAGAUGUUGACUAUUCUAGAAGCCAUUCAUAGCAAGUAUUUAUUGAAUUCAAGAAAGGGGUGUAAUUCAUAGAGACAUAAAGCCUGAAAACAUAUUGGCUGGUAAGGAAAGAGAGCGGAAUCUUAUUUAUCUUGUAGAUUAUGGCAUAGCGAAGCAAUUCAAAGAUAAAGAUGACAAACAUAUGUAUAUCAACUCAAUUAACAUAUAAGUACUUUCAAGGAAAACAAACCUUUUUUGGGAACAUCCAGAUAUGCCAGCAUAGCAGCUCACAAGGGCCAGGAAUUAUCAAGGAAGGAUGACCUAGAAUCUUUGGGAUAUAUGUUAAUGUAUUUGUAAUAUUCAUAUAGAGAUUUUUAUUAAGGGGAAGUUUACCAUGGUAGAGCAUUAGUUAUAAGAACGAGGAUGAGAAAGUAAAAAUGGUAGGAUUGUUGAAAAUGAGAAUUACUUCUCAAGAAUUAUGUUAAGAUAUUCCAACUGAAUUUAUGAGGUUUAUUGAUUUAGUUAAGAAAAUGAGUUAUCGCGAAAAACCAGACUAUAGGUAAAUGUUAAAUUGAAUAAUUAUUUAGAUAUUUUUAAUAAUUAUUUAGAAGAGUCUCCAUUUAAUAACAGAUUGAGUGCCGAUUUGAUUGGUAUGAUGAAAAUAACUAUGAGAAAAAGUCAGGAUCUGCAUCACCCAAGAAGUAGCAGUCCAUUAAAAUCGUUGAUUAAUCCUAUUUGAUUCAAUAAAUCUAUACGCCAAAUAAAAAAAAGUUAAGUGAAGAAUACGAUGACACCGGAUAAUCAAAGAGAGAAUCUAAUGGACGACAAUCUUUAAUUAAUAAUAAUUCUAAUAAUCUACUAUUAUGUGAUAGUAGAAUGAAUCUUAAAAACAAGAGCUUUAGUUCAUAUAAUGAAUCCAAUUUAUAGUAUAGUGAUGUCCAACCUGAUUUGAGUUGUCUCAUAGCAUAUUAGAGGAAUCUAAGAUAUGGAUCAUUUCAUAAUGAAGCUGAAGUUCCCAAACAACCUGAUAGAAGUACUUCAGCUUAAGAGAAGAACAAAGUUAAGCACAAAUUAAGUUUGGAUGUCAAACCUAAUUGCUACAAAUCUAUAAUUGAAUACUAGUUAGGAUUAGUGAACAAUCCCUCGAUUAUGGAUUUUACAGUAAAUAGUCAAAAUUAAAUGAAUGAGGAUGAGAGUCCAUGUCUUGAUGAUAAAUUUAGUAUAUUGAAAAUAGGUUCAAUUGAUAAGUAAAUUCAUUUAGUAAUUCUAGUAAAUUCAAAAAUCCAAUACAACUAUUCAGAAUUAAUAACAAAGAGAAAACAAGAGUUAAAAAUAAUUGA